AUGCUGUUGACUCGUGGUCUUCGGCUGCUAGGUGCUUUUGACAAGCCUGGUGCCACUUCACCCUCGGCCAGCUUACUUGAGCUCCGGAGACGGCGUGCCGCGAUUUUGCUGCAGAAAGGCUUCAACAAGGCGUGCGUCGAGGAGUGUUCUCUUCUAGCAGACCCCAGUGGUGGCGGCUUGCGUGCACGAGCAUUCGCUCAGAUGGGUGCAUGGAAGGAAGCAAGAAAGGCUGUUGAGGAGCCCGGAGUUUUGCAGUGGACCCGUGACAACAUCGCCCCAAACUUUCCGAUGUUUAUCGACCUAGGUGCAAGGCAAGCAUUUGGCAGUUUUGACGUGCUACAGCUCAUGGGUGGCGCCAGUGUCAUGCAACACAUCAUUGUCCCGGACGACAUGGGUCCCUUGAGGUUCGAGUCUGCAAAACUGGAGCGCAAAGCCCUUCCGGGCCGUGGCCAAGGGCUGGUAGCAAAGGCCAAUAUUGCCGAGGGUGAGCUGCUGAUUGCCUCACGUCCGAUUGAGCUGAUUCGCCCUGGAGAUCAAGAUUGGCAGUACCACGCUGAUAUGGCCUUUUUGGAGGAAGUGCUGACCCGCCGUUUGUAUCAGCGAUGCAUGGAUUGCGAUGCUCAGUGUGUGGAAGAUGUGUUUAGCCUUUUCGAUGGGCAGGGCCACGGAGCUCGAUGGACACCACAUACAUGGCGCAGCGAUGACUUUGCGCUGCCCAUGCCGCAGGGUGCAGCUGGGGAUGAACUCUUCUUACGCCUGCGAGGAGUAGUGAAGCACAACGCACAUCGAUGGCCUGGAAAACAUCCCACCUCGAACUUGCCUGCUCCAGGGCUUGGCCUUUGGCUGUGGCCACCCAUGAUCAAUCACGCAACAGAGUCAGAUGGAAUGCCAAAUUGUGCGCAUGUUUUCAUUGGAGAUGUCAUGAUUUUCCGUGCCACGGCGCCCAUUCAAGCAGGACAGGAGGUCCUGGACCGAUACAGCACACCCUUGGCGGAUCACUUUGAGUUCACCCUGCACACCUUGGCUGCACAUGGCAUGCGAGAUCCAGUCUACGAGGCUGCUGCUGCACGUUGGCAGGAAGGUGGUGCGAAGCUGUCGAACGAGAAAGCCCAGCUGGUAGAAACUCUGACUUCAAUUGAGAGAAAGGUCACAUGGAGCAAUGGUGUCCAUUCUGUGGUUCUCCCAGAGUAUGAGGCGUUACGAGACCGCUACAAGGCUGCAGCCGUCACUCCUACUGCAGGAGAACUGCCUUUGGCCCCACCCGAGGUGAGGGCGUUGAACCUCCUGUGCGUUUUGGGCUUCCAGUUCGAGGGACGUUGUGCUGCCUUGGAGUGGCGUGCUGAGCUGGUCCGGCGAUUGAGCUUGGCGCGGCCGAUGCAUUUCGCUCAGGUGAAGCUUUGGGCUGAGCUGUUCGAGCGUUUGGAGCAUUUGAAGGCCAAAGACAAACUGAGCAGCAAAGAGCAAGAGCUGUCCGAAGAGGUGAAUCGUGAGCUUUGCCAAUGUGCAGCCUUUUGGAUCACUGGGAAGAUGGAGACCAAGAGCAUUGAGUCUGAGUGGAAGCAGACUUUCGUUGAUUGGGCCAGGGGCAGUGGCUACAAUUAUGAAUGGUUCAGCACUGUGGCUUUGGACGAGUUUGUCGAAGAUGGUCGCAGAUCCUUGUGCAAUUACCGCACAUCCAUUUGUGCGGCCACUACGUCCACAGGAUCCGCAGAGCUCAGCCUGGCAUCCACAGAACAAACCAUCUAUGGUCAAAUAGGAGUGCCAUUGAAGUCUGUCAAGAUGAGCAGCACUGAAGCCAAAAGACCCGGAAUCAUGUUUGGCAGGACCCGAAGCGAUGCAAUGCAGAGCCUGGAGGCGACGGAAGGGCCCAUCGGUCGAAGCCUUGCUGCCGAGGAAACUGAGGGUCAUGACGCGGGUGAGGAGAUUGAAGCUGAUCCAAAGCCAAAAUUUCAGGCAAACCUGGUAUGCGGUAUCUUUGAUGAGCGACCUUUUUUCCCAUCCGUCCUCUUCUUCUCCACGGCUCUUGGAGCUUUUGUCAUGCUCACUGAACAGCGGUCAAUUCUGAUAGACAUGUCUGGAUCUGCAUGGUUCUUCACCCUUUUUUUCACCGCCUUGUAUGUGGUGACACUCAGUUGCUUGACGUAUUGCCUUCUUUCAGAUCCAGGACAGAUGGACCGUCAGAAAUAUGCUGAUAUGAAAGCAGCUGGACUUCCGAUGCCAAAGCGUUCGCACAAAGCCUGGCUCUACAAGAGACCCAUUCGCCGAUUCGAUCACUACUGUCGAUGGGUCACAAAUGUGAUAGGGCUCAACAACCAUCGAGAAUUUAUGGUCAUGUGUGGAGGUUUGGCCUCCAUUGCAGUCCUGGGUUCGUUUGUGGACGCUGCACUACUCCUUUGGUGCAUCACACAGUUCAGAUUUCCACUUCUUUUGAUUCUUCACAUGGUAUACUCAGUGGUAUUUGCAAAGUUGGUGAUGCCAAUCGUCACCAUCCAUGUUGGCUUCGUGUCAAGAAGUGAGCUGGCAAAGGACUACAAGAACGAUGAGUUCUGGGUUCUUGUGGACAAAGAUACUGGACAGUCAACGUCGGUGAAAGAAUUGGAUGCGGAUGACUACAAUGAGGCUUUUGACAAUGACCUCUUUACAUACGAAAGCGCCCGAAAUCCAUACGAUAAGGGUUGGCACCGCAAUUGUUUGAGUUUCUGGUUGACCACCAGGUGGUCACCUGAUCAGCUGGGGGAAUUCUGA